ACCGGGGGCGGGCCCGGAGCGGUGUGGGCGGCCCGGAGCGGGGGUAACCGGCCCGUUCCCGGUGUGACAGCGGCUGUGCUGGGCAGCCCUGUGGGGCUCAGGCCGGUCCCCGUGUGACGGGCUGGAUCCCCGCGCUGUCUGGCCCUCACGGGGUGUCUCAGGGCCGGGGCUCAGCGCUCCGGGAGAACAGCGGGACAACACCGCAGUCCCGCCGCUCCCGUGGCUCUCUGGUUGGGAUACUGAGGGCAAACCCUCCUGGAAGGGUUGUGCAGCCCUGGCAGCGCUGGGUGCGGUGCCCGGGGAUUGCCGGUGCCGCUGGAUGUGACCCCCGGGGACACGGCCCGGGCCGGCCCCGGCAGCGCUGGCAGCGCCCGGGCUCGGGGAUUUACCCGGUACAGCCCCGCAGGGGCAAUGGGGAAACCGCGGCUGAGCCGAGCUCAGCCAAACCGAGCUCAGGCAAACGCUGCAAGCCGAGCCGAGCUGUGCUGAGCUGAGCCGUGCCAAACCCCGCUGAGCUGAGCUAAGCCAGGCCCAGCCAUGGCCAGGGCGGGAACCGAGCCGAGCUGAGCUAAACCGAGCCACGCUAAACUGUGCCAAACCGAGCUGAGUUAAACCGAGCUGAGCUGAGCCGAGCCGUGCCAAACCAAGCCACGCUGAGCCGAGCCGAGCCAAACCAUGCCGAGCUGAGCUGAGCUGUGCCAAAGCAGCCGAGCCGCGCUGAGCCGUGCCGUGCCAGGCUGAGCCCGGCUAAGCCGAGCCCAGGCGCGGCGGUUCCUGCGGAGCUGUCCAGCCCUUCCAGCCCUUCCAGGCGCUCCAGCCCGCAGCCCGAGCCCGCCAUGCGGGAGCGAUGAGCGCAGCCGCCGCCCGGCCAUGGAGGAGGAUUUGUUCCAGCUGAAGCAGCUGCCGGUGGUGAAGUUCCGCCGCACGGGGGAGAGCUCGAGGUCGGAGGAGGAUGGAAUUUCAGGAGAGCACGAGGUGCAGAUCGAGGGGGUGAGGACGGAGCUGGAGCCCGUGGAGCUGGAGGAUGGAGCUGCGGUGCCCAAGGAAUUUGCCAACCCCACGGAUGAUACUUUCAUGGUGGAGGAUGCAGUGGAAGCCAUUGGAUUUGGGAAGUUCCAGUGGAAGCUCUCUGUCAUUACUGGAUUGGCAUGGAUGGCAGAUGCCAUGGAAAUGAUGAUUUUAAGUAUCCUUGCUCCUCAGCUGCACUGUGAGUGGCGCUUACCCAGCUGGCAGGUUGCAUUGCUCACCUCGGUGGUGUUUGUGGGAAUGAUGUCCAGCUCCACACUCUGGGGAAACAUUUCAGACCAGUAUGGGAGGAAAACAGGCCUGAAGAUCAGCGUGUUGUGGACGCUCUACUAUGGGAUCCUCAGUGGAUUUGCUCCCAUUUACAGCUGGAUCCUGGUGCUGAGGGGCCUGGUGGGCUUUGGGAUUGGAGGAGUGCCUCAGUCGGUAACUUUAUAUGCUGAGUUCCUUCCAAUGAAAGCCAGAGCAAAAUGCAUUUUAUUAAUAGAGGUGUUCUGGGCCCUUGGGACAGUGUUUGAAGUGCUCCUGGCAGUGGUGGUGAUGCCCACGCUCGGCUGGCGCUGGCUCCUCAUCCUCUCUGCCCUCCCGCUCCUGCUCUUUGCUGGCCUGUGUUUUUGGCUGCCAGAGAGUGCCAGGUAUGAUGUGUUAUCUGGGAACCAGGAGAAGGCUCUGGCCACUUUGAAGAGGAUUGCCACAGAAAAUGGAGCUCCAAUGCCCUUGGGAAAACUGGUGGUUUCCAGGCAGGAGGACCGAGGCAAAAUGAGGGAUCUUUUCACCCCCCAUUUCCGCUGGACCACGGUGUUGCUCUGGUUUAUUUGGUUUUCCAAUGCUUUUUCAUAUUAUGGGUUAGUUUUAUUAACUACAGAGCUCUUCCAAGCAGGAGAUGUUUGCAGCAUAUCCAGCAGAAGGCAGGAAGUAAAAGCCAAGUGCAGCCUGACCUGUGAGUACCUGACAGAGGAAGAUUACACUGACCUGCUCUGGACAACCCUGUCAGAAUUCCCUGGUGUGUUGGUGACUCUGUGGAUCAUUGACCGCAUCGGCCGCAAGAAAACCAUGGCCCUGUCCUUCCUUGUCUUCUCCUUCUGCAGCCUCCUGCUCUUUCUCUGUGUUGGAAGAAAUGUUCUUACUGUGCUGCUCUUCAUUGCAAGAGCUUUUAUUUCAGGAGGAUUUCAGGCUGCCUAUGUUUACACUCCUGAGGUUUAUCCCACAGCCACACGUGCUUUGGGCCUGGGAACGUGCAGUGGAAUGGCCAGAGUGGGAGCCCUCAUAACCCCGUUCAUUGCACAGGUGAUGUUGGAAUCUUCAGUCUAUCUGACUCUGCUGGUUUACAGUGGCUGCUGCCUGCUGGCUGCCCUGGCCUCCUGCUUCCUGCCCAUCGAGACCAAGGGCCGUGGCCUGCAGGAGUCCAGCCACAAGGAAUGGGGCCAGGAGAUGGUGGGCAGAGGAUCUCAUUCCCCAGGGGAAUCACAGGAAUGAUGGGACAUGGAAACCUGCUGGAAAAACGAAGGAUAGGAGCAAGAUGUCUCACAAAACCUCCGAGCCUGAAGCAUGGAAAGCUGACCACCAUCACUGCCAUCCUCACGUGUCAAACUGCAGGAGUUUUGGGGUUGAACCUCAGCAAAUUGUGUUUUCUGCUGCUCUUUGCUCACACUCAUAAAAACUUUUUUGGAUGGAGAGGCCUUUGAUCCAGAUAUCCUUGGAAGUUUAGCAGGAGGGGUUUCUCUUCAGUCUGUCGUGCUUGCAUGGUCAGCUCUUCAGCUUAAAAUGUCCUGUGCCAAGCAAAUGCCAAGUGACUGCAGCCCAGCAUAAGCUGUCAUUAAAACACUGAGCUCUUGAUGCCUAAAACCAAGAGGUUCAUCUUUAGUGUGGCCCUGGCCUGGCACAGGGUGGAUUCCAUCCCUACCACUAUGGAUUAAAUGCCUGCCUUGCACUUUUAGCCAUCAAAACCAUCACCAAAAUGUGAUCCUGUCAAACCAACCCAGGCUUUCCAGUUGGGUUUUGUUUCUGGAGAGUGGAUUGUUUGGAAAUUGAUUCCUGACUGUUUCUCCCAUCCCAGGUGAAUAUUCAGCAGUUUUAAGGAAUUGCAUUCAACGGCCUUUAGAGAGUUUUAGGUGAAGUUUCUCUGUUCAUGCACACCUGGAUCCUACAGAUAAGCCACUUCCCAGGUAAAGAUUUAUAGGGGAUGCAACAUUUUCCAUGCUGUUGAAUAGAUCAGUUUAUCAGUUUUAACCUGUGAAAUUUACAGUGUUAACCAAAAAAAUGGAAGGCGUUUUUGCUUUUCACUUUUUAUGAAUUCUGCACUAAAAAAAAAAAAAUCUAUUUAAGGAUAGAAAUACCAAGAUUGGUGUUGCUGGAUUUUUGAUUUUUUUUUAAAGCUUGAUCCAAAGCUCACUGAAAUCUGGGAAAAUCUCCUGUGGAUUUCCAUAGGCUUUGGAUCAGCUGAAUGAAAGGGAGAGGUAGGAGCCCACCACAGCUGAUCCCACCUGGCUGAAUUCAGCAGGAGCCCAUUGGGCACUGCAGAAACAGAGCUGGAAUUGAGGAUUUGCAGGAAUUUGCAUGUAAUUAAUAAGAGAAGGCCAUUUUAGCUUGUUCACUGAGAACACUGGGGUCGACACACACCAGUUCUAAACCACCACCUCUAGAUUUUAUCAGUAGGGCAGCACCAUUUAGGUACAAAAUAAACUUCCAAAGAAUCCUUUUCCACACUGGGUAUUUCUCACUGGUAAAGGAAUUGCUGCAACUGCUUUGUUUCAAACAGGAAAGUGAGGUCCUUUGGAAUUCAAACAGAAUUGUGGGAUUUGGUUUUGCCAAGCUGGUGUGGGAAUGUAAUUCCCCAAGUGUGCUUGGAUGGGAUGAUUUGUUAUUCCCAAAUACUUGCUGAAAGAGCAGUGAAUGUUUCCAUGUCUGAAUGUACAGUUUCUAAGCUGGAUUUACAUUUUAAUGUUGAAAAACUUGGUGUAUCUCAAGCUUGUUGUAAAAUACUCCUCUGGUUCCUGUUCCUGACAUGGCAUUGGAGAGUUGAAGUCCACAUUAGAUAUUUUAUGUUAAACAAAUAAAUAGUUUUUUCAGGAAAUAA